ACUGACGUGCGCGCCCACGCUGUCCUUAUAAAACACGAGGGGCGGGUGCGCUCGCUCUCUUUUUCAAUCGGAGACGAAAUGUCUCACCGUAAGUUUUCGGCUCCACGCCACGGAUCUCUGGGCUUCUUGCCCCGCAAGAGGAGCCGACGCCAUCGUGGAAAGGUGAAGAGCUUCCCCAAGGAUGACACCAGCAAGCCCGUUCACCUCACAGCCUUCCUCGGCUACAAGGCUGGAAUGACCCACAUUGUCCGUGAGGUCGACAGACCUGGCUCAAAGGUCAACAAAAAGGAGGUGGUUGAGGCGGUCACCAUUGUGGAGACCCCUCCCAUGGUCGUGGUUGGCAUUGUCGGCUAUGUCCUGACCCCUCGUGGCCUGCGUUCCUUCAAGACCAUCUUUGCUGAACACAUCAGUGAUGAGUGCAGACGCCGCUUCUACAAGAACUGGUCCAAGUCCAAGAAGAAGGCCUUCACAAAGUACUGUAAGAAGUGGCAGGAUGAGGAGGGUAAAAAGCAGCUGGAGAAGGACUUUGCUGCCAUGAAGAAGUACUGCAAGGUUGUCCGUAUCAUCGCCCACACUCAGAUGCGCCUGCUGCCCCUUAGGCAGAAGAAGUCCCACCUCAUGGAGGUCCAGUUGAAUGGUGGCACCAUCUCUGACAAGGUAGACUGGGCCAGAGAGAAGCUGGAGCAGGCUGUUCCCAUCAGCACGGUAUUUGGCCAGGAUGAGAUGAUUGAUGUCAUUGGAGUCACCAAGGGUCAUGGCUACAAGGGUGUGACGAGCCGUUGGCACACGAAGAAGCUGCCCCGUAAGACCCAUCGUGGUCUGCGUAAGGUGGCUUGUAUUGGAGCCUGGCAUCCAGCCCGUGUGGCCUUCUCUGUUGCUCGUGCUGGUCAGAAGGGCUACCACCACCGCACAGAGAUCAACAAGAAGAUCUACAAGAUUGGACAGGGUUACCACACAAAGGACGGCAAAGUGAUCAAGAACAAUGCUUCCACUGAUUACGAUCUCUCCAACAAGAGCAUCAACCCAAUGGGUGGCUUUGUCCACUACGGUGAGGUGAAAAAUGACUUCCUGAUGCUGAAAGGCUGUGUUGUUGGGACCAAGAAGAGGGUGUUGACACUGCGCAAGUCCCUGCUGGUGCAGACCAGCCGUAAGGCUUCGGAGAAGAUCGACCUCAAGUUCAUCGACACCACCUCAAAGUUUGGCCACGGGCGCUUCCAGACUGCCGACGAGAAGAAGGCGUUCAUGGGACCCCUCAAGAAAGACCGGCUCGCCAAGGAGGAAACUGCCUGAGUGUCCCCCUCGGGACUGCUCUGUCUGGAUUCAUGAGUUAUCAUGCAGCCCUGCAGAGUUGUUUAAUAAAAAGUACCAAAACCCU